UCUCCGGCAAAGGGUUUAGUUAGGGUUUUUCAAGUCAUCGAGUUUCAAAAUGAGAGGGUUGCAGCUCUCCUUGAACCAAACCCAGAAGCUUCGUCUUCAGAGAGCUCUCGAAAAGCUCGAAUCUCUCUCCUCAAAACCCAAUUCCAAUGCUUCUGUUAUCGUCGCCGACUCCAUCCCCGUCAACCACGAAGAUGGACUUCUCAAGGGGCACGGGACGUCUGAAGUUAACGGUGAGGUUGUUGCGACGGUCUGCGGCGUCGUCGAGAGGGUGAAUAAGCUGGUUUAUGUGCGGUCAUUGAGAGCUAGGUAUAAACCAGAGGUUGGAGAUAUUCUUGUAGGGCGUGUUAUUGAGGUUGCUCCGAAACGUUGGAGAGUAGAGAUAAACUUUAGCCACGAUGCUGUGCUGAUGCUUUCUUCGAUGAACUUACCCAAUGGCAUCCAGAGGCGUCGAACUGCUUUGGAUGAAUUGAACAUGCGCACUAUUUUUGAAGAGAACGAUGUCAUUUGUGCUGAAGUUCGCGGUUUUCAGUAUGACGGUUUACAUCUCCAAGCAAGAAGUCAGAAGUAUGGAAAGCUUGGAAGGGGUCAAAUGCUCACAGUCCCUCCUUAUCUAGUGAAAAGACGCAAACAACACUUUCAUAAUGUGGAGAAGUAUGGAAUUGACCUUAUCCUUGGCUGCAAUGGGUUCAUUUGGGUUGGUGAGCAUGUAGAAGUUACAGAUGAUAUGGUAGUUGAUCAAGUGAACAAUUCUGAACAACAAAGUGCAAAAUCUGAUAAAGAAAUUCUAAGCCUUGAAGAGCAAGAAAGAAAUUACACUACCCAGGAGACAAGGGAGAACAUCUGCAGGAUUGCAAAUGCUAUUCGCAUAUUGUCUACUUUAGGCUUUAGUAUUACAGUUGAAGUGAUUAUGGACACAGUCGAGUUGAGCAUUUCUCUGAAGCAACAGGUCCCCAUAUAUGAAAUGCUUGGUGCAGAGUUCUGUGUUCUUGUCGCAGAAAAGGAGGCUGCAAGGAGAAGCGUGAAUAAAAAGAAAUGAUUACUCGCAAUUGAACAUUAUUUUUUGGAUCCUUAUUUUUUUUAUUCUGUAUCAUCAAUUUCUUUCUCGUGCUUGUGCCUUCGACUUAUAAUAGAAAAUUAGCACUGUUGAGUUCCUAAGUGAUCACUCGGUGUAAUGGAUAUUGGGAACAUACAGCAGCCCAUCACUAGUAGCAUCAGUCUCAAUAUAAUCUAUUGUUUAUUAGUAUUAGUUUCCAUUUAUUGAAUCUGAGUUCUAGAGCACAAACCAUGUCUACUUGGCCUAUAGAAUCAACUUGAAAGAGUAUGAAAAUAUACAUUAAACAACCGUGUGAAAGUAAUGUGCUACCAUUGGAAAUAAGAGGUAACUUUGUAACUUCUGAUCAUUGCACCUAAGUACAAUUUUAAACGCAGUACUUAGCGGGUCGGAAACUAGGUGGAGAUGUCACUAAAACAAUCUACCAUACAUCUAGAAACUUUGCACUAAUUCAUGUCAAAGAUCUUGAUACUAGUUACAGCAAUUCUACACAAAGUCUCAC